AUGGGCGUUUCUUCAGAACCAGGUCAAAAGGGCGUCAAUUGGUCCAACAUUGCUGUUGGUGGCAUUAUGAACAUGGUCACCACACUUGGUCAACCUCUUGAGGUUCUGAAAACCCAAAUGGCUGCAAAUCGGUCCCAAUCUAUGUGGAAUGCCUGUAAAACAGUUUGGGGGCGCGGGGGAGUUGCUGGGUUCUACCAAGGUCUUAUCCCUUGGGCUUGGAUUGAAGCUUCAACAAAAGGCGCCGUCUUAGUUUUUGCGGCUUCUGAAGUGGAAACAGCGGCUUUGGCUGCUGGCAUUAACCCUGGAUUUGCCGGGUUGUUGGGAGGAAUGACUGGAGGUGUUGCACAGGCUUACGCGACUAUGGGCUUCACAACAUGCAUGAAGACUGCUGAAAUCACCCGUGCCAAAACCGCCGCUACCGGUGUCAAACCCCCUUCGACCUGGGCAGUCUUUGCCGACAUUUACCGUCGCGAGGGUUUGGCCGGCGUUAACAAGGGUGUGAAUGCUGUCGCUGUCCGCCAAUGCACGAACUGGGGUUCUCGUAUGGGUUUUGCUCGCCUUGCAGAAGAUUCCAUCCGUAAAAUUCGAGGCAAGGGUGAGUCGGAAAAACUCGGCGCCGUCGACAAAAUUGUUGCCUCCUCAAUUGGUGGUGCUCUGGCCACAUGGAAUCAACCAAUCGAAGUCAUUCGUGUCGAGAUGCAAAGUAUGGCCAAGGGUACCGCUAACUCUAAUCGACCCGCGAAACUCACCAUUCUCAACACGCUGAGCUUCAUCUACAAGGAAAAUGGCAUCAAAGGCUUGUACCGUGGUGUUACCCCCCGAAUUGGUCUAGGUAUCUGGCAAACAAUCUGCAUGGUGUCCUUUGCGGACUAUGUUAAGGCUUGGGUGAAGAAACAGUAG